AUCAAAUCCAACUCGCCCUCCCUAUUAACUUAGCUGUCCGUAGUCCGCCUGACGGACUUACAGCAGCUUUUCGCUAUUGGCCAUUCCUAUCUCACAUUCUGUUCUCAACACAUUAUCCAUCUUCUCUCCUACCAAAGUUCUCCACGCCCAAAUCCUCGUUCCCUUCAUAGUGCUCGUACAGUUAGCUCACACGAAAUGCCUGCUUGGUGGGGGAGAAAGUCCACCAAGAAGCCCGCCAAAGACCCACAACCCCAUUUCCCCAAUAGUCCAAGUAGCGUCAAGAAUGAAGCAGUAGAGAGAAGGGAUAGACCAAAGAGCUUUGGUGAGCUCUCCGGAAUGGUGGAAGCGAGGAACUCACCCAGACCCAGCAGAGAUUUCCCUAUCGCAAGAGGCGCUUCGGGAUUCUCUGGUUUCGAUUCUCCUUCUCCCAUUGAUAGAGGCCAUCCGCUGCCCAAACCGUCCGUGUCUCCUUCUACUACUGGCAAUGAUCACGUGGUAGGGUUUGGAUCCGGUUCUGAUUCGGGAUCGAGUGUUAGCUCUCUGGGCUCCUGUGAUGACCAUAACCUUCUCAGCAGCGAUCGCUCUCAAUUCUCUUCUUUCAGAGGAACUGGAGAUACCAAGCACAGUCCAGUCUCACAAAGUCCUGUCCGUUCAAGGGCUGCUACUACCAGCUCCUCGCCUCUACAUUCUCGGUCUGGAGGUUCUAAUUUAGAGGAUGGGAAGAGUGAAUGCCACAGAUUGCCUCUUCCACCCGCAUCUCCUAAUCAUCUUCAUCCAGCUUCUCCAACGAGUCCGUCUACCUUGCCAAAUCCAAGAACUCUCUGUAUUGCUGAAGGCUCAACUGGUAAUUUGUCAAAAUGGAAGAAAGGCAGGCUUCUGGGAAGAGGCACAUUUGGAACUGUGUAUCUCGGAUUCAACAGUGAGAAUGGGCAAAUGUGUGCGAUAAAAGAAGUCAAAGUUGUCGCAGAUGAUCGGACAUCCAAAGAGUGUCUCAAGCAAUUGAACCAGGAAAUCGCAUUGCUCAGUCAAUUUUCACAUCCAAACAUUGUUCAGUAUUAUGGAAGUGAACUGGGUGAAGAAACACUCUCGGUUUACUUGGAGUAUGUUUCUGGGGGUUCCAUCCAUAAAUUGUUGCAAGACUAUGGAUCCUUUAAGGAGGCUGUUAUUCAAAAUUAUGCUAGACAAAUUUUAUCUGGCCUGGCCUACUUGCAUGCAAGAAACACUGUGCAUAGGGAUAUUAAAGGAGCAAAUAUAUUAGUAGAUCCCAAUGGUGAGAUCAAGCUUGCAGAUUUUGGCAUGGCAAAACAUAUCACGUCAUAUUCUUCAAUGCUAUCUUUCAAAGGAAGCCCAUAUUGGAUGGCACCUGAAGUGGUGAUGAACACAAAUGGCUACAGCCUCGCGGUAGAUAUAUGGAGCUUGGGCUGUACGGUUCUUGAAAUGGCAACAUCAAAGCCACCUUGGAGUCAAUAUGAAGGGGUUGCGGCAAUAUUUAAGAUUGGAAAUAGCAAAGACAUGCCUGACAUUCCCGAUCAGCUGUCCAAUGAAGCAAAAAAUUUUAUUAGGCUCUGCUUGCAACGAGAGCCUUCUUUGCGGCCCACUGCAUCUCAACUUCUGGAACAUCCUUUCAUUAAAGACCAACACCCAACAAAAGUUUCCAUUGCUAAUAAUACAAUCAAUGAACGUACUUUUGAUGGAAGUUACAUACCGCCGGCUCCAGAAUUGCGACAUAGCCCAAGAAAUACUGUUUCUCUUGGUGGAGGUGACAAUUCAUUCAAACCCAUGUCAACUGUCUCUAGAGCCACACCGAACAGUUUAAGAAGAGAGAAUGCAAAAAUGGUGACAUCACUGCCAGUGUCACCAUGUUCAAGCCCAUUAAGAAAGCGCACUGGGCCCGCUGCACACGGAAUAAGUUAUCUCUCUCCACCACAUCGAUCCUCCCAUCACGUUUUUGGUGGCGAAUCUGGCAACCACCAUAGUGACUACCUAACCUUUAAAGCAACAGCCAACACAAGGAACAACAUGCUGGAUCCUUGGCUUGAGAUUCCUCCAUGUAGAACUCAAACACCAGGUAGAUCUCCAAGAACAUCACCCAUUCUCUAGUGCAUCAUUAUUUAGAACCCCUACAGUGGGAAGUUUGUUAUAGAGUUGAUAGUUUAGGAUGGGGUGAUCAGGCUCUGUGGUUGCAUAUUAGCUGCAACCUUUUGCAAUGUGUAAAUUAUCUUUUUUUUUUCUUUUCCCUGUCUAGUAGGCAUGAAAUGUAAAUGAAACUCAUAACAUAGACUCCAAAGGGUCCUUACAUUUCCUUGAAUUUUUUUAGAUGUAGUUCUUCUCAACAUGGGCAAACAACUCAAAA